AAUUUCGCGAUUUCAAAUUCUUAGAUUGCUUUCAUUUGUAGUUCAUGCAAGGGACAUGAUUGCAUAGACUUAUGGAAUCAGAAGUGUAUAGGAAAUGAAAUCUUAUUUGAGUUUUUGAAUGAAUUGUAGAUAACGCUGAGAAGAAGGUGAAGAGUUCGUAUUUUGAUUUGCCGGCUAUGAACGUAUUCGUUGCAUUUCAUUAAGCAACUCCAGUCUCUAAGUUCCCAACGUGCAGUAAGGAUUUUUUUUUCCAGAGAAUAUACAUUUUUGUGAUGUUUUGUUGUGCUUUUGCUUCAAUCUGUGUGUUUGUAUACUUGAUUACAGCUUCAGACUAUUAUCAUUUCAUUGAACUAUUGACUCCGGAGGAGCAGGCUGUGCGGAAAAGAGUGAGGGAGUUCAUGGAGAAAGAAGUUGCCCCCAUUAUGACAGAGUACUGGGAGAAGGCAGAGUUUCCAUUCCAUAUCAUUCCAAAGCUUGGAGCUUUAGGUGUUGUUGGUGGCUCUAUUAAGGGUUAUGGCUGUCCUGGCCUCUCCAUCACAGCCAAUGCCAUUGCAACAGCAGAGAUAUCUAGAGUUGAUGCAAGCUGUGGGACUUUUAAUUUGGUGCAUACCUCUUUGGACAUGCUCACUAUUGGUAAGAUGUCCUUAGCUUGGAGAAGGUUCCAUCUCAAGACAUAGACUGAUAUUCAAUUAAUGAUCCCACAUCAAUCAGCUAAAGACUUGCAUAUAUAUCUUCUCUAUAUAUA